AUGAGAAUCUGUGAUGGGACUCUGCGUAUAUGUGAUUGGACACUGAGUAUCUAUGAUGGGAAUAUGUGGACAUUUGAUUGGACUCUGAAGAUCUGUGAUGGGACUAUAAGGAUUUGUAAUGGCAGUCGGAUUAUCUGUGACGGGACUCUGAGGAUCUGUGAUGGGACACUGAGGAUCUGUGACGGGACACUGAGGAUCUGUGAUUGGACUCUGAAGAUCUGUGAUGGGACUAUAAGGAUUUGUAAUGGCAGUCGGAUUAUCUGUGACGGGACUCUGAGGAUCUGUGACGGGACUCUGAGGAUCUGUGAUUGGACUCUGAAGAUCUGUGAUGGGACUAUAAGGAUUUGUAAUGGCAGUCGGAUUAUCUGUGACGGGACACUGAGGAUCUGUGACGGGACUCUGAGGAUCUGUGAUGGGACUCUGAGGAUCUGUGACGGGACACUGAGGAUCUGUGAUGGGACUAUAAGGAUUUGUAAUGGCAGUCGGAUUAUCUGUGACGGGACUCUGAGGAUCUGUGAUGGGACUCUGAUGAUCUGUGACGGGACACUGAGGAUCACCAAUUGGUCUCUGAUGAUCCUUUUAGGUGGGGAACGAAUACUUAUCUUUUCAUCUUCUACUUUUCCUUUGUUGUUCUCUGUUGACUCUCGCGCAUCUAUGACAAAGUUUUAA